AUGUCUAUUAAUAUUUGUAGAGACAACCUCGAUCCUUUUUACCGUUAUAAAAUGCCUCCUAUCCAGGCUAAGGUUGAAGGUAGGGGUAACGGUAUCAAGACUGCUGUAUUGAAUGUUGCUGAUGUUGCUCGUGCUUUGAAUAGACCAGCGCCAUAUAUUAUUAAAUAUUUUGGUUUUGAAUUAGGUGCUCAAACAUCUAUCUCUGUUGAUAAAGAUCGUUAUUUGGUCAAUGGUGUCCACGAACCUGCCAAGUUACAGGAUAUUUUAGAUGGCUUCAUUAACAAGUUCGUUUUAUGUGGUAGUUGUAAGAAUCCAGAAACCGAAAUCAUUGUCACCAAAGAUGAUGAUUUAGUUAGAGACUGUAAGGCUUGUGGUAAGAGAACUCCAAUGGACUUGAGAAACAAAUUGUCCUCUUUCAUCUUGAAAAAUCCUCCUGACUCAAUGAACGCUGGUAAAGGUAAGAAGAAAGCCGCCACAGCUUCUGCUAAUGUUCGUGGUGGUGGUGUUUCCAUUAGUGAUAUUGCUCAAGGUAAAUCAAAGGCUUCUGAUGAUGGCAGCGACAAUUCAGGCGCUGCGGCUGGUGAAGAGGAUGAGUUGGCUAGACAAAUCAACGCUGCUGCCAGUAACUUGGAAGAUAUUGAAGUCAAAGAUGAAGACUGGGCUGUAGACAUGUCCGAAGAAGCUAUUAGAAAGAGAGCUUUAGAGUUGCAGGUUGAUUCCGGUACAGUUGAUGGUGAAUUAAGUAAAUUAGACGAAUUCGGUCAAUGGAUUUUAACCGAAGCUAGUGAAGACAAAGAAAAUAUACCUUCUGAUGUUGAAUUAUUCAAGAAAGCUGCUGAACUAGAUCUAUUAAAGGAACCAAAGGUUGCUGCCGUCUUAGCUCAAUGUUUAUUCGAUGAAGAUAUCGUCAACGAAAUCUCUGAACACGCUGCUUUUUUUAACAAAAUCUUCAUCAGCCCUGAAUAUGAAUACAAUUUCCUAGGUGGUAUUGAAAGAUUUCUAGGUUUGGAACAUAAAGAAUUAAUUCCAGUAUUACCAAAAAUUUUAGUUCAAUUAUAUAAUAAUGAUAUUAUUUCUGAAGAAGAAAUCAUGCAUUUCGGUAAAAAGAGUUCCAAGAAAUUCGUACCUAAGGACGUCUCAAAGAAGGUGCGUAGAGCUGCUAAGCCUUUUAUUGAAUGGUUAGAAAAUGCUGAAAGUGAUGAUGAGGAAUAG